AUGAUGCAUAUUCUCAUGCUUCUUGCUGCGUUUGCGAGCUACACCAGUGCAAAAAUUUCUUGUAAGAAUAUGGAAGGAGAUGACGUUGACUGGUUUGCCGCAAUAAAACUACCAAGCAACGUUGAUGAUACGAAAGGGUACAGCUUUGUUUACUAUGAUUCGACGCAGAGUGGGUGGGUGAAAAGUUCCAAACUAAUCAACAGCACUGAAUCUGCGAUUGGAGGAACUGUUAAUCAAAUAUAUCAGAAAGAUAAGGAAUUUGGAAAGACAUUCAAAGUAGCAUAUAACGAUGACUGCCCAGACCUGGAAGAAGGCCAUGGACGUGGACACAGCAAAGGAGUGGUGCUAUUCGAUAAAGAGACAGGAUUCUGGAUGGUGCAUAGUGUACCGAGAUUCCCACCCAUAGAGAAGUACGACUAUCCCGAAAGCGGGACCAAAUUUGCCCAGUCAUUCCUCUGUCUUUCCUUUGAUGCAAACUACCUUGAGGACAUUGGCAGUUACAUGAGAUUUGCUCAAGUGACACCAUUUAUCAAGAGACUGGCUACUUACUUUAAUGCGCUAGCACCUUCACUUCAAGAUGUUAUUUUCAAAAAGUCCCUUACUCGAAAGGAUACUAUUUUCACUUCUCACCGAAUAAUUCAAACACAGGGGGGCAAAAAAGUACUGGCAUUCUCAAAGCAUAAGAAGUUCAGUCGUGACCUUUGGCACGACUUUAUUGCACCUAAUCUCAAGACCGAGAUGGCUGUAGAAACGUGGAGAAAUGGAGGUGCUAAGGACGUCGGAACACAGUGCGGAGCGGGAACUAAUGUGUACGAUAUUAACAGCGUAAAGAUUCUCAAUAUGACAUAUAGCAGUUCCAAGGACCACUCAAAGUGGGGUGUAUCCAUGAAUCCAAAGGCUCCCUACGUGUGCAUUGGUGAUGUGAAUAGACAGGAGUCACAGUUCAAACGUGGUGGAGGCGCUGUGUGCAUCGAAGACAGAAAACUCUGGCAAACAUUUUACAACUCUGUUGGCUCCUAUGACGAUUGUAAUGCACAAUCCAAAAUAGGUGAACCACAAUACAAAGAGUUUAGUCCUGCUCUUGGAAUUGAAGCACUGGUGAUGGAACUCGGUGUAGAACUUGUGGUCGCGAGUGUAACAUUCGGUUUUUUGCUGACACGCGUAGGCGAUGUCGUGAAUUCGGAGCGAGAUAGUGCCUGCUGGUUGCAGUUGAAGAGAAACGGUUUCACUGAAGGAACAUUGUUCGUGUGUAAAGAUAGUCGUGCAAUAUGGGCUCAUGCCGGUGAAGCUUACGACGUUAGAGUACUGGUGUGUGUAGUGUAUUACACAGAGGAAGAGAAUGGAUGA